GGUCCGUAUUGGCUGUUUUUCUUUCACAAGGUUCCCAAAGAACUCAGAGAUUUGGAAUAUUGGGUUACAGUGUGGCAAAAUGGCGACUGUCAUUCAGAAUCCGCUGAAAGCGCUCGGGGACCAGUUCUACAGGGAGGCCAUUGAGCACUGUCGCAGCUACAAUGCCCGCCUGUGUGCGGAGCGCAGCGUACGCAUGCCCUUCCUGGACUCUCAGACGGGCGUAGCUCAGAACAACUGUUACAUCUGGAUGGAGAAGCGGCAUCGGGGUGCAGGGUUGGCAGCAGGUCAGAUGUACACCUACCCAGCACGUUGCUGGAGAAAGAAGAGGCGACUUCAUCCGCCACUUGACCCCCAGCUUCGCCUUUGCGAACUCCGACUCGAGGCUGAGCUGAUGGCCAAGAGAGAAGCCCCAGCGACGGAGGCCACAGCCUUGGAGGCACUGUUACGAGGUGAUGGGAUCUUGGACAAGAGGAACAAUAACUCUAAAGAGGAAGAGACACUACUGGAAAUCCAGAGGGUUCUUGAGGCAGAUGAAAAUGGGGAUGGUUUCCAUGACGAUGAGGAUUUUGAAGUGGACACACCAAAGAGGAAGCAUCGAAACAAAGGCAGGGGUCGAGGCUCUGGGCGCAGGCGAACAGAAGCAGUGGCCAACGACGAUCAGGAUAAACCCUACGUUUGUGACAUUUGUGGGAAGCGUUACAAAAACCGGCCUGGACUAAGCUACCAUUACACCCAUACUCACCUUGCUGAAGAGGAGGGUGAGGAAGAACGUGAACCUGAAAUCCCCCAAUCUCCUCCUGUCCACCACGAGAAUCACAAACCACAGAAAGGGCCUGAUGGCACGAUCAUCCCUAAUGACUACUGUGACUUCUGUCUGGGAGACUCAGGCUCUAACAGGAAGACAGGCCAGGCUGAGGAGCUGGUUUCCUGCUCAGACUGCGGCCGCUCUGGCCAUCCGUCAUGUCUGCAGUUCACAGACAACAUGAUGCGGGCUGUUCGAACGUACAAGUGGCAGUGCAUCGAGUGUAAAUCCUGCAGUCUGUGUGGCACCUCUGAGAACGACGAUCAGCUUCUGUUCUGUGAUGACUGUGAUCGGGGAUACCACAUGUACUGUCUUAAGCCUCCAAUGACACAGCCACCCGAGGGAAGUUGGAGUUGUCAUCUCUGUAUUGAUCUGCUGAAGGAUAAGGCAUCUGGUUUCGGAGAGCCGUAAGCGUUGCGAGGAGGUUCUACACAGUCACACACACAGACACGCACAGCAGACUCAGGAUGAAUGUUUGUCUUGGUUUUGCUCUGUAGCUCUCCUCCUGCAGUAGUGUGAAGUGGAGUCUCCCUCUACCUCCGUGUUACAAACAUUUUCCUCAACCUAAGCAAUCGGUAGUCUACCUCACAUCUUGCAAAUCCAAAGGCAGGUUUGAGUCCAGAUUGUCCGAUUACCUAGAAACACGAGUCGUAUUAUAUAAAAAGUACUUAGUUAAAUAGCAACACCAGCACGAGAACUAUAAUAUUGCAACUGAAUGAAGUGAUAAUCAACCUCUUAUACACACAGAAGCUCCUGAGCUGAUUCUAAGCUAUUAUGCCUUUGAAAUUACGACUGACAAUGCCAGUUUCAACAUAAAACUUACUCAGAGACACACACCAGUGAUAUAAAGCAAAGUCCUUUUCAUUUUAGCUGGUUUCUAUUAACUUUAAUCAUGUUUUCAAUGUUUGUAAGCCCACAAGACAUUUCUGGCUGUUUUGGUGUAAAGAGGAUAAAUGUGAUUAGAAGCUCAUCUUUUUUACUGGGAUCAUCAUUCAGGCAGACAUUUAGAGCUUAGUAUAUGAGUUAUUGUGAAAACAUCUUCAAACUAAAUGGCAAAAAAAUAGUUUUUCCAUGUAUUGAAGCAGGUUUGACUUCAGGACUGGAAAAUAAUGCUGUUGAGUGUUUUUGUAUUUGUUCUUUUAUACAUAUAAUUUAGCAGACAAUCGUGUGGUUGGUAAAUUACAUGAUAGCCAUCAUAUUCAAAUACAGCUAUUAUGCCUGUCCUUGUGCUACGAUUAUACUGGCAUGCUUUGCUUUGCCUUUUCAAGCCAGCUUUUUCCUUUAGGUUAGAUUUUGUAAUUAUAAAAUGUGAAGGCGUUAGACUGUUUAAUCUUUCGUUACAUUUUGUCAGACAUAUCUGGUUGUGCUCCAGGAACAUUCCAGUUUUGUGUGUUCUAGAACCUUCUAUUGUUCCAUCCGCCUGUUUGGAGCCCUUCAUACCUCUCUGUGUGAAACAUCUGUUCACUCCAUUUUGUAUUUCUCUACUCGUGAUAUAUUAGCAUUUCUAUUUCCAUCUGGACAUUCUCUCAUGUCAUUCCCACCUCCUUCACCUGUAUAAAACAUUAGAGGCUCUAUUUUCAGAGCCAAUUCAUCAACGCUCUCCAGAUCUUGCGAUCUGUUGAAUAUUUUAGCUAUGCAUUUUUAUCUAUUUUAAAGGUCAUCUACAUCACAUUUACAUUUGUUUUUCAGCUUAAUAAAUGUAUUAAAGGUUCCAAAAUUAAACUAGCUUUGAUGAUGCUUAGAGAUCAUUCAUCUAACCAUAGUUAGGCCUUUGGACUAAGAUUUUUGUUUAGGAAAAAAAAAAAAACUGACAGUUGAUACAGUAUGACUUUUCGCACUAAAAACUGUUAACCCAUUCUAAAUCUAAACCUUCAUUUGUCUUUUUUCAUGUUUUGUACUGUUCAGUACCUGUUUAUUUAGACUGUAGAUUUGUAAACCCCGGGUUAACAUUCUUUUUUUAGGUAUUUGUCGAUAUUGAUGAGGAACACAGCAUGCACUUAGUUUAAAUAUCAAGUCGUCUCGUUCUGUCUGGAGUAGACUUUUUAUAAGAAUAUAUGUUACCCUAAACCACAAAACAAGUCAUAAGGGUCACUUUUUUUGAAAAUGAGAUUUAUACAUCAAUAAAAGCUGAAUAAAUAAGCUUUCCGUUGAUGUAUGGUUUGUUAUACAACUAUUGGAAAAUCUGGAAUCUGAGGGUGCAAAAAAAAACCAUCUAAAUAUUGAGAAAAUCACCCUUAAAGUUGUCCAAAUGAAGUUCUUAGCAAUGCAUAUUACUAAUCAAAAAUUAAGUUUUGAUAUACUUACGGUAGGAAAUUUACAAAAUAUCUUCAUGGAACAUGAUUUUUGGCGUAAAAGAAAAAUCUAUAAUUUUGACCCAUACAAUGUAUUUUUGGCUAUUGCUACAAAUAUACCCAUGCUGUUUAAGACUGGUUUUGUGGUCCAGGGUCACACGUUUUUCCAGUCAUUUCUGUUUGAACUUAACAUAUUAUUCUGUGACUACAUGAAACUAUUGAAUAUUUAUAAAUAUUUAAUAAAGUAGGCACUUUUCAGGUUUAUGAUUGGUUAUUUGUUACUAAACAACUACCUGUUAUAGAGUGCAAUAGUCAAAAUAAAAAUCCCAAUCUAUUUUCUCCACAGGGGAACUGAUUUUUAAUGAUUUUUACUUAUAAACUGCUUAAAAAAGUGAGGUUGUUAAUUUAUGGUAUUUGUUGGUAUGUUGUAAAACUUAAAUACAACACACCAUAUGCUUUUGCUGUUAAUUAGUGGAAUUCCUGGUGAAAAACUACAUUACCCAUGAUUCCGCAAAAAUUUACACCAAUCAGAGAAUCCCAACAAGCAAACUGUGCCAAAAAAACAAAACCUAAUUUAUGCUACGUUCACGCUAUGUCGUCAUUACCGUCAUUCCGAGAUGACAACACAUGACAUUUUACUCAUAGCAUCCCAUGUUGUCGGACUCUUAAGUAGCGCCAAAAUGAACCUGGAGGCAGUCAGGUGGUACAUCUGUCCAAGUCGGAACAUCAGAACAUUCACAGUUUACAAGUUGUAAUUACGAGUCAGGAGCACAUGGGGUACUGUUGACAAGUCCGCAGUUGUCCCGCGGAAUUGGGCUACUUUAACACUGUUGCCGCGGGUUGUUAUUCAUGUCUGCGGGUUGAACCGACCCCAAUAAUGUUAUAUUUAGCCCAUGAAAUGCAAAUUUUACUAGGGGAUGCCCGCCAAAAAACACGUAUUUUACCCCCCAGAAUGCGAUUUUUAACUGGGGACCCCCCUCAAAACGCAUUUGGGCCAAUUAGGUGGGUUUUCUUGUGAAAACCUGGCAACCCUGACAUUGAGGGCUUUGAUGUUAAUAGUUUUGCCAUAAUUCAGCUCGAGUACAAUGUCACAUAUUGUCAUCUCGGAAUUAUGACAUGGAGUGAAUGCAGCUUUAGUUUAAUUUAAUUUGACAUUCACAAUGCUUCAUGGGAUUGUAGUUCUUAUCCUCAUUAAAGCUGUCUGGUACAGUCUUGUACCUUGUCUCACUGUCUUAUUUUCAAAUACAUUUUGCUUCAAAUCAAAGUUUGUAAUGUUCUGACUCACCUGACAGGUUUCAAAUCUUAUAAUUCAUUAAUGAGAACUACAAAUCCCCAUGGGAAAAAUGCUACCUAAACCAAGGGCACUUAAAAAGUGGACGGGCACUAUUGCACUCCUUGAAGGGGAAUUUGACUCUAGAUUUUUUGUUUCAGGUUUCAUAACCCACUGCUAAAUCCUCUUCUAAAGAAAAAAGUGCAAUAUUUUUUAUUGCCUAGGGUUAAAAGCAGGUUUAAAAAGACGAUAACCCGGGGUUAAGCUAGAAACAGCUCCAUUAUACCAACACAAGUAUCAAGCAUCUUACAAAAUGAAUUAAUCUAGUCCAAAAGUAGAAAAUAAA